AGCCUUUGGUUGAUUAUUCGGACAGCGAAGAUGAGGUUUUGUGUUCUAAAAUUAUGACAUCUUUUGAAAAGAGAUCUGUGAUUUGUGAUGAUUCGGAUGAUCUCUUUGAAAAGUCCAGUGUAAACAGUAAAGAUGACCAUACAGACAUUAAAGAUGACAUCAGACGGAAUCAUGCAUCAUUUGCAAUGAGUGAACAACAUUCCGCUUGUACCACAGCAUCCAAAAGAGCAAAAAACACCAGAGUGCAGGACUGAUGAUUCCGCGGAAACUGCCCAAAAAGAACCUGGAUGGGGAAAGUUUUAUGCACUGCAUUUACUGCAAAGGACUCUUCUUAAAGAAAACUCUGUGGCGACAUGUCAAGGUUUGCAAAUUCAAGCCUGGUGACGAGAAGCCGAAACCUGGAAAAACCCGUGUCCAGGUUCUUUGUGGCUUUGCACAACCUCCCCCACCAGGAGUAACUCAUGGUGUUUGGAAGCUGUUAAAUUCAAUGAACCAGGACCGAGUGGCCCUUGAAACUAGAAAUGACUGGUGCAUUUUAGAGUUAGGAAAGCAUCUUUACAACAAGUAUGGAUCAAGAGUUAAAAUGCAUGAACACAUCCGCCAAAAGAUGAGGGAGCUUGGAAGACUCCUAAUAUGUGCGAGAGAGGUUUCCCCACUUACAUCUAUUAAAGAGCUCAUUCAUCCCACAAACUUCAUGCAUACCAUCAAUGCAGUUAAAAGGGCUGCUGGCUACAAUGAAGAGACCAAUGUAUUUGAAAAGGCUAGUGUGGCUGUGAAACUUGGACAGAGUCUGAACAAAAUCGCAAUGCUCAUUGAGAGCCACUCUACUAUUAGUGGAGAUGAAGAGACAGGAAAAAUUGCGAACAGCUUUCAACAGCUUUAUCAGUCUAGAUGGCCUGAAUACAUUUCUUCAACAGCCCGGCGAACACUGGAGGAAGCAAAGUGGAAUUCCCCACAAUUACUUCCAUUCACUGAAGAUGUUAAACUCCUUCAUAUAUAUCUUGACGAGCAAGAGAAGACCUAUCGCAAACUAUUGUUAACACAGCCAUCAUCUCAGCACUGGGCAAAACUGGCCAAGAUCACGUUAACUCAGGUUAUGCUUUUCAAUCGUAGACGAGAAGGGGAAGUGUCACAAAUGCCGUUGUCUGCAUACAUCUCCAGCAACCAAUCGGAGGCUCAUCCAGAUAUUAGCAUGGCCCUCAUAGAUUUAGAAAAUAAACUAUGUCAGUACUUCAAGCGUGUAGAAAUCAGAGGCAAAAGAGGCAGAAAGGUUCCUGUGCUUCUCACACCUUCCAUGCAAGAAUCAAUCAGCCUGCUUAUUGAAAAUCGGAGUAGGUGUGGAAUACCAAAUGAAAAUCCUUUCCUCUUUGCACGUCCAUCUGCAAUGACGUUUUUCAGAGGCUCUGAUUGCAUUCGAGAAUUUGCUGUUGCAUGCAGCGCAAAAAAUCCUCAGACUCUUACUUCAACAAAGUUGAGGAAACAGAUCGGGACACUUUCUGAAGUUCUUAAUCUUAGCAACACAGAGCUAGAUCAGUUGGCAGACUUUCUAGGCCAUGACAUUCGAGUUCAUCGUCAAUUUUACAGGUUACCCGAAGGCACCCUCCAACUGGCCAAAAUUAGUAAAAUUUUUCUGGCCCUCGAAAAAGGACGCUUGGCAGACUUCAAAGGGCGAAAUCUUAAUGAAAUCAACAUUGAUCCAGAAGGUACUAUACACUGUACACAACAUGGGUUCAGAUUUUGGGAAUGCUUUGAAUAACAUUACCUUGUGUUUUAAAUUAUAUAU